ACUGUAUUAGAAAUUAGGCUAAUUAACCUUCACUAAAUUUGUGUAAAUAAUCUCCGUCCUCCACUUGACAUCUAACACCCGGCGUUUGUGUGUGUGUGUGUGAGAAAGAGAGAGUGUGUGUGUGAUGACAGUGUGCCAUUUCAGCAUCUCAUUACAUCACCAACACCAGAGCAGUUCACGCGCUUCGGGCACAGAGCUAGCGCUCACGGGCACGCGCACGCGCCCUGCUUUAUGUGUUCAAUGGAUAGUAAAACUCUGAGAGGAGGAGAACAGGUUUACUCAGGAGCGUUUUUUACUCACAGACCGGAGGCACAAACUCAGCAGCUCCGUUGCUACAACUAAAGAGCGUCCGUAGUAUCCAGCGUCACGAGCUGCAGGAACUGUGUGUGUGUGUAUCACACAUACAGGGGGUAUAAAUAGGGAGCGCUCCGGCUCCAGAUUAAGUCCCGCGGUUUCUCUGGGACGUCCUAGCAGGAUUAAGGGUGCUGCUGAACUGCAGACAUGGCAGACACGCUGCGGAGGCUGGUCAACACAUCAUCAUACAGCGUCCUGCAGCAGAAACUGGAGGCCUGGUACAAAGACUACCAUGUCAUCUCAUGUGACCAGAACCUGAACCGCUGCUGUGAGUUGGUGGAGCUCACCUCUAAGAUUCAAGGGCAGCUGUUCACUAUCCUAAACCUCACAGCUCAAGAAGGUGGUCACUAUGCAGGAGCGGACACCCUUAAAUCCCGUCUGUUGCCAUGGCUCAGUACUUGCUUCACAAUGGCAUCCUCCUCCGUCUCUCCAGACACCAGCCUCAACCUCAUUCAGGACAAUGUGGAGAAGGAGAGGAAGAUCCGAGAGCUGUCGCUGUCUCACGAGAGUGACAUGCAGAAGAUUGAGGAUCAGCUGUGCUCCACACGCAUAGAGCUGAGCUCUGUCAAACAGGAGCUCACUGAAGCUAAGGUUCAACUGGACUCCACUAAAAACAAAUCAGUCACUACCCUUCUUGCCACAGAGGAUGAAAUACUGCACCUUAAAGCAGAGUUGCGGGCAGCCUAUGAACAGGUGGAUGUGUAUAAGAGGAAGCUGGACGUGCUGGAGGACUACGAGAGGCAGGUCAGGUUACUGAGAGAUGAGGUCACCUUUCUCACUGCGGAGAAAACCAUGUUACAGGAAAGGCUAGUGAGGAGUCGUUCACCCAGUCCAAUUCUACCUCGAAGGAGUCGUACCAGCAGUCCUGUCAGAAGUGAGUCUCCCACUCGCGCUCAACUGACCAACUCAUCCCGACACGCACGGCUUGUGUCCCGCUUCUCUGACCUGUACGCCACUGAGAGGCUAGAGGCCCAGAGCUUCCUCCGCCGCUACAUCGAUGACUUGGAGACAGUGCAGAGGAUCAUUUUCAUCGCUGCUGUGGAGUCAUUCCAGGCAGCUAAACUGGCCUAUCGGCAGUUUAAACUACGUGUGAGGAAGACCCUGUCCCCUACACAUGUUGGUCCUGAGACUCUGGAGGAUGCAGUAGUGGAUUACAUUGUUCGAAACCUUGACCUCUACGAUGUCCAAACAAGUGUUAAUGAUGUGAUCAACUCAAUGAACGUGAACCCACGUAUCUCCUUCCCUCCGGAAGUGGACUUUGUGCUUAUCAGUAGCUUCAUCAGAGAGAUGUGUAGAAUCGCCUUCGCCAUGCAGACGCUUGAUCCUACUCUAGACCUGGCCUUCAGCUCAGAUGGAGAACUCUACAGUGACAUGAAGUACAGGCGUAGCUAUGACUCUGAGUUCACUGCUCCACUGGUAGCGUACCAUGUGUGGCCUGCGCUGAUGGAAGGUGAUGCUGUCAUAGUAAAAGGAGAGGCUGUGACCAGGAGAGGGGCACUGUGGAGAAGCAGAAGCCGCAGCUCCAGUCCUGUCCGCUCUCGCCCAGGAAGCCCCACCCGCACCCUUAUGUCCAGUCGUAGUAGGAGUCCUUCCCCUGGACGUCUCUCAGCGAGCCGGCUGUAAAAUUAGCUUGUGAAAUCCAUCUUUUCAGCUUUGGCUGAAAUUUUAGUAGACUCAUUACCACUAAUAUUCAUCUCCUUUUAUCUUUUACAUUUGUAUUAGAGAGUCUUUCCAGAUUGUAUUUGUAUAAAUUUGACAUUUUGUUUCUUUAAAGAUGGGCACAAGUUUACUAACCCUUAGUAUAUGGACUGAAGCUUGUUUUAUACUCAGAAAACCUCUCGAUACAAAGCCAAAGGCCAGGGCAUUCAAAGAAUACCAGGAACAUGCAUUAAAUAAAUCAGGAGCAUUUGGAGAGCCUGGGUGCUAAUACAUUACACUCUUUAUGAGUAAAAGCUCCCCAAUCUGUGGCCUGCCACUAAGGUUAAGGUGCUUUUAUUGUCUAGUAAAAUAGCUGGACAAACCUUCAAAGGUGCUACAGUUUCAGCCUUUUCUAAAUGUGUGUGUGCUGUGUUUUUAAAAUUCUCAGUGUUCAAAUCAGUAGGACUAGUCAUAGAGUUUUACAGUAGGAUAGUUACUCUGUAGUCUAUCAGUCUUAAAGCCUGCACAGUAGCACUUUUCUGACUUUUCAGGUAUAAGACCUAUUUCUGAUUUUAACGCAAAUGAGUGUGUACUGUAGGGCUCUAUUUCCCAGUUACAGUGUCUUUCUAUGUAUUUUUAAACUUUAGUGCCCGUACAAUUUAUAUUUUUCUUCCAAUUAAAAAGUAUAAAUUUCUAGAUUCUAAAUUAUAAGAAAAACAUUCCUUACAUUGUUUUAGUAAUAACAAUGCAGUCAACAUUUUGACAGCACAAGCUUGGCAGAUAUUAAGUCUCAUAAGGUUUGAUGAUUCUUAAGUGUCAACAUGACUGUUUAUAUCCUCAUAUGAAUAUAAUGAGUCUGGAGUUUCCCCCUGAUGUUUGCAUGAGUAGAGUGGAAUGUGUAUGGUUAAUACUUUAUUGUAUUUUCUGUGUGCUUUGCCACUUUAUACUUUUGCCAGACCAUUAUGCAGACAAUGUGAAGGUCACUCUUUUCACUGGUGCUAAAAUAUUGAGUUUACUACCUCUCAGAGGCAUCUGUGUUUCAUCAUUGUGGACAAAUCAGACAUUCCAGUUUUUAACUUCUUUAAUUCUAUUUUUUUGUAUUAGUAGUUACUCUGUAAACUCUGUAUUUCUGUUUGAUUACUCUGUAAAAAGGUUGAUGAUUUUGUAAGAUGAUACUGCAGUGUUUGUAAGGGUUUAUUAACAUACAAAAAAAGAACUGCAAUGAGGACAAGUAAAUAUAUUGUAUUUCUUUAAAAACAAUGGAAAAUAACAAAUGACUAAUAAAUUAAACCUGAAUGCAA